AUGUCUGGCUAUGUCCAAACCCAUGGUCACGAAUUGAACAGUGGGGCUGGAGGCUUCAUGUCUCAAGAGACCCCAGUCCUUCAGCCUCCUCUAGACUACACACGGGCUCGCUUGCCACCACGACGACGGCGGGUAUACAAUCAACUUUCAGUACAGCAGGAAAGAGUGUUUCUCAACCAGGCGCUCGACGGUUCCCAUGCUACAUAUUAUGCUCCCGCAACUGCUAUGGUCCCGCCAUCAAACCGCAUGGGUACUCAAAUGAACGGCCUUCAAGCGGGGGGCGUAAUGGCAUUGCAAAAUCCGAACCCAACUCCAAUGGAGCCUAGGACAAGCCACCAGGGACCUGUCGCACAGCCUCACUAUUCGCCCUUGGCAUCUAGAACUCUGCCGCAGACCCAAGGAGUUGUGUCGAAUGGAUCCGUGCAUGGACCAGGCCAGCCACAACUGCAACAGCCGCAAACCAUUGCUCGCAUGCCAUAUCCAGUAUCUGUCGCAUUGCCCAGGAGUAAUGUGCCAACCACGGCUGUCCCAAUAACGGUACCAACAUGGACACCCCAGUAUGCGGCAGCUGUGAGGCCACUGCAGCCGCAGCCGCAGCAACAACAACAGCAACAGCAACAACAACAACGGCACAAUGAAUGGCCACCAUGGGAGCCUUCGCCAAGGCCCGUUGCAGCUCUUCCGGCAGGGACACCUCAACUGACGGCGUAUGGCAGAGUACCGCCAGGAGUGGUGAAUGGAGCCGUAGCGAUGCACCCUCCACCCAAUCCUCAGGCCCGGGAAAGCGAGCUCCGGCGUUCUCAAUUGAUGCACAUGAUGCAGCGAUCACCCCUUAAUCCAGUGGAUGCUCGAGCUAUGCAGGAAUAUGCCCACAGCUUGAGCCGGAACCAACGCCUACGUCAACCUCAGGGAGCCACUCCCAAUCCUCCUUUGCAGCCGGAGAAGAGUCUAGACAACCAGAACAACGGCCGCCCGGACCCGAAGGAGUCGGACGAGCUGAAUGUCAACCUAGAGUGCAAAGUCUGUUUCACGCAAUUGGUCGACACCGUCCUGUUGCCAUGUGGCCACGCAGUGCUCUGCCGGUGGUGUGCAGACACCCAUAUGCCGAGUUGUCGGAAUGACCCGACGCGCCUAGAGGGGGAUCCGAGCUGUCCGAUUUGUCGUGGGCCGGUGAAACACAAGGGCCGCAUUUACUUUUCGUGA